AUGAGAAAAUUGUUUCUUUUAAGUUUUGUUUCUAUUAAUUUGGGUGUGAUUUGUCAUGGAGAGUUGUUCACCGCUUUAUCUGACUUAGAACCGCUGCUGACGACCCAUAAAAAAGUUGUUGAAGAUUUAGAAGACUACAUCGGUAGAGAAGAGGAAAGGCUCAACACACUAAAAAGAUAUGUACAAGUGUACAAACGAGAACAUGUGCAGGCGAUGGAAGACAUACCGAACUACCUCGGCAACCCUAUAAACGCGUUCACACUCAUCAAGAGGAUGACCACAGACCUGGAGUACGUCAAACUGAAUAUUGAUUUAGGAGCAGAACAUGCAAGAAAUAUCAGCAUCACGCAGUACGAGAACGCCACUUACCCCAGCGCGGAGGACUUACGCGGCGCCACGCGCGCUCUCACGCGCCUGCAGGAAACUUACCUUCUCAAGGUCGAAGAUCUCGCUGAAGGAAUACUAAAUGGAGUUGUUUAUGGUUCUGCAAUGAACGCGAAUGAUUGUUUUGAGCUAGGCAUAGCGCUAUAUAAUGAAACGGAGUAA